AUGACUAAAGUCCCUGGCAUCACGCUCGAGUCUGGAUGGGAUCGGCUAGCAGUUGACGAGAAAGUCCAAACAAUAAAAGCCUUUGUAAUUGCAAUAGCAUCUGUGCAGAAAUGUGGCGUCGACAAUGGCAGUGCUCACCUCGGCAAUGUGAUCUGGUCUGAGCAAGAGAAUAAGUGCUACAUCGUCGACUUCGAACGUGCGACGUACAAGCGACACAAGUUCAGGUCGACGGACCCAGACGAUUGGGGCAUGUACUAG